AUGUGCUCAAUACUAGUGAACGACAUAUUAGAUGAGCUGAAGUGCGAUAACUAUAGACUUCUCAACGAUUUAUGGGUUUUGAGAGAAGAAAACCAGAGAUUUCUCAAUGAUUUAUGUCUUGAGAGACAAUUGAACCACAUUUUAGACAAUUACAAGAACUACUCAUUGGUUUUGAUAAACCGAUGCAAAUGCGAGAUAAGCCAACAGCUUGUGGACCAAUUGAAUCGAUUCAACGAUGAAUACAAUGGUCUUAAGAGCCGUCGAAAUGGCCAACAAAACAGUGUCUUAUUGUCGGGAAAGAAUGGCAAAUAUGUUGACACUUACGAUGAGGUGAUACUCCCGAAGAACACCACCGAUGACUUGACCGACACUCAGAUAUGCGAUGACUGCCAACAAGUGUUUGAAUCGGAAAUGGACUUACAGAUCCACACGAAUAGUGUCCACAAGAAUCUGCAAUCAUUUUCAUGCCAUGAAUGCAAUAAAGUGUUUAAUACCAGAGAUCUGUUUGUCAUUCACUUGACGCAAAGACACGAGUUUAGAAAAAGUGGUGAUCAGAUGGAUGUGAAGCCAGACAUGACUUCAAUGAAUGUGUCCCCGAAGUCGAGUCCUUAUGUCAGCCGACGCUCGAGUUCUGUGAGCCCUCAGAAGUCGACGCCAGUGUCUAAAAGUGGCGGUAACUCUGACUUUAAACUAAUGACAGAACUAUUGCAUAAGAAUUACCGAAAUCCUAAUUUUGGCAAAACAUCAAAAGUGGUCUCAAAUGACAAUAAGAAACAUCACUGCAAUGAAUGCAAGAAAGGCUUCAAUAAUGAGAUCGCACUUGAAAUACAUGUCAAUAAAGUGCACCUCAAGAGGAAGCCGUAUGUGUGCGAGACAUGUGAUGCGAAUUUUUACGCAAAGAGGUUUCUAUUAACCCAUAUGUCGACCAAACAUAAGAUCAAAGCCUUUGAAUGCGAUUCGUGUGACUUCAAGACAUCAAAGUUUGAUUACUUAGUGUCUCAUCAAAAGCGCAGACAUUCAGCGCCCGUUCACCACAAGUCGAGCCCAACUAAAGCCAAGUCUUCGCCGCAAAAGGAGUCGAAAGAGGUUUUCAAAUGCGAUUUAUGCCAAUUCAAGACAUCGGCGAAGUAUUCAUACGUUUUGCAUAAGAAUAGCCACAAACUGAACAAAACUUUUCGAUGUGUUGUCACCGGAUGUACGGAAAGGUUUUCAACCAAAGAGAGCAAACUUAGACAUCAGAGGACUAAGCAUUCGCUUAAGAAUGACAAACAAUUUGGUUGUGAUAAUUGCGACCAACGGUUCCACUCGAAUGACAUCCUUUUGAGUCAUAUGGCAGACAAGCAUAAGAUCGCGGCCUAUGUCUGCCAUAAGUGUCCAUUGAAGACAACCUCGAAAUUAACACUAUUUCGACAUCAGGUGAAAGAGCACUCAUUGAAAGCCACUUAUGUUUGUCAUGAGAGUGGUUGUGGUCUACCUUUUGAAAGACAGGCCAAUUUGAAUCAACACAUCAAACGUAAGCAUCAGUUGAACGGCAGUACUGGCGCCCAAAGUCCGUCUAAAGCCAAGAAAAGUGUUGAGAAUAAGGCCAAUACGUUCACCACAACCGGAUCCACACCUUCAUCAUCGGUCGGUGUCUUUAAGUGCGAUAUAACCGGUUGUCGCAAGAAGUGUAAGACCCAACACCUCUUCAUUGUCCACAAGCAAAGGGUGCACUCAAUGGUCCACACGUAUGUCUGCGAGUAUAACGGCUGUAACCGUCGGUUCAAAAGUUGCAAGAAUUUCAAUGAACACAAGAAACAACACAACGAGAAGUUUGUCUGCAAGUGGAAGGGCUGUCCGUUCAGGACAGACACCUUCGCGAAACUCAAUCAACACAAACGUCAACUCAAACACCACUCGAAUAACUUAUAA